AUGUCGGCCGGCAUCCCCAUGGAGCCCCAGCAGGAGCUGAUGUACGCGGCGCCUGCGGAGCCUCAGCGCAUGAACAUUCAGCUGUUCCAGAAGCUCAUGGCGGGGCAUCCCGUGACCGAGGACGAGAUACACGCGGACGCCGCGGCCAUGGGCGGGGGGGCGCCCGUCGUGGAGGCGGCCCAGGAGGCGGUCGGCGCCGCCACCGACGCGGUGACUGGCGCGGUGGGCGACAAGAAGUCCAAGAAGGAGAAGAAGAGCAAGGGUGGGAGCAAGAAGGUCAAGACCAAGUCUGGGAAGAAGAAGGGCUGCUGCUGA